UUCCGGUUCCCAAACGUGUCCGGAUCCUGUCCGUACCUGUGGUCUGUCCUUUGCUUUUCACCGAUCUCUGCCCCUUCGGAAACGCUUUAAAGUUUAAGUCAUGGAAGCAGUUUAUAGACACGGCGUUUGGAUAGCUGAAAGUCUACAGGAGAAGACUAAAACGGAAGAAAAGCUGUGGCUUUUGGUGACUCACAUCGGAGACCCCAAAGCAGCGUUCCUGCUCGUCUUUCCUUUCACAUAUUUUAUCAGCAGACGGACUGGACUGGCGGUGCUUUGGGUAGCUGUCAUAUCCGAGUGGUUAAACUUGGUUUUUAAAUGGUUGUUAUUUGGAGAAAGGCCUUACUGGUGGAUUGGAGAAUCUCAUUUGUUUGGCAAAAACCCACCUAAAGUUCACCAGUUUGUUUCCACCUGUGAAACCGGUCCAGGCAGCCCAUCAGGACACUCCAUGGUGACUGCCGCAGUCUGGUGGGUGGUGGUGUCCUCCCUGGGGUCAUUUGUGUAUUCCCGGACUCGCAGUGUGCUGUUGGCAGCUGCUCCUUUCCUCGUCUAUGUGGCGAUGCUGGUGGCAAUCGGACUGUCCAGAGUUUUUAUCCUCGCCCACUUCCCUCACCAGGUCGUCGCUGGCUCCUUUACAGGUUUCAUUCUGGGGAUUGUCCUGAAACAGAGAGUGCCAGAAGGUCGCCCCCUGCUGUUCUUCUUUAGCUGCAGCAUGGGCCUGCUGCUUGGGGCCUUGUCACUGUACGCUGCCCUUCAACAACUGGGAAUCGAUCUGUCCUGGUCUGUGGCAUUGGCGCAGAAAUGGUGCUCUCAUGCUGAGUGGAUUCGGUUGGACACAGUCCCUUUCUCUUCUCUGAACAGAGACUGCGGGGCCCUUCUGGGUUUGGGACUGAGUCAGUAUUGGAAGCCUGGCGGUUGGACUCUGCCUUGGGCACCGCGGGCUUUGUGCGUGGCCUUUUCUUCAAUGGGUCUGUACCACAUUAACCGCCUGCCUUUGCCAGUCAGUCCACAGGGUCUGUUCUACUUCCUGUUCUUUGUCAAAUUUGCCUUAGUGCCACAGGUGGUCAUGGUGUUUGUGCCCGGUCUGAUACAUUUUCUGAUGCCGAAAAAGAAGAAUGACUAGAACGUGUGUUUCAGGACUCCAUGAACUUUCACUGCACACUUUAGUUUCUGCACUAUAAAGAUGUAAAUAAUCUUAUUAUUCUUCAUCACUUUUUUUUUUAACCUGUUUUCAGUCAGCAAUCUCAUUUUUAUUUUUCUGUGUGAAAAUGAUGUUGAAUUUGGGAUUGGGGCAUAAAAUGUUGAUAUUAAAUACUUGCAGUAAUAUGUAAAUAUGUCGAUUGUCAGUAAUUGUAAUAGUUACUGAAUUUGUACAAGUUUCUGAGCUGAAACAUGAAGCUUCUAGCUGGAAAACGUGCACUUCUGAAGUGCACAUAUCUCAAACAGUGGCAUAAUUUGUAAAGGUUAUGAGGUAUCAUUUUGAAUUUUUACUUCAAAUUAAAGUGGGACCAGUUCGGCAACAUUCAAAAAGUAAUGAAUGAUGCAAGUACAACUGAACUGUUAAUGUUAUAAAAUAAAGCUUUGUUUUUGUCAAACUUA